CACUGGUCUGGAAAUCAAAAACCUGUGUUGUGUUUAUCUGAGCUUUGCAGGGACAUGGGUGGGAGGAAUAUCGGAGUUGCUGUGGACUUCUCAUCGUGCAGCAAAGCGGCUCUGCGAUGGGCGUCAACCAACCUUGCCAGGAGCGGUGAUCGACUCGUGCUGAUCCAUGUCAACAACUCCUACCAGAAUGAGCAAGGAGCGAUGCAUCUCUGGGAACAGAGUGGUUCACCGCUCAUCCCUCUGGUAGAGUUCUCGGACCCCCAUGUCACCAAGAAGUACGGCCUGUCACCGGACAAGGAGACGCUGGAGAUCCUGGCCCAAGUGGCACAUCAGAGCGGGGUUGAGGUCUUUGGGAAGAUACUCUACGGCGACCCGACCAAGAAGGUGUGUGAGGCAGUCGACCUGGUUCCCCUCAGCUGCCUGGUCAUCGGAAGCAGAGGCCUGAGCACGCUCAAGAGGGCUCUUGGUGUGUUCGCCCGCGUCUGCUUUGUAUUCUCACAGAUACUAUAUUUCAUAGCAACACCAUGACAUUGUACUCCGAAAUUUACUUGGAAGCUAUGAUGAAAUUACAAG